AUGCCGAAAGAGUUCGACGGCAGACACGUCAACCCCAUCGCUAAUUCAAAUGCUAAAUGCCUCAUUGAGAACUGGUUCGAAGAGAGAGCUGUAGAAAGUUUGGAUAAUGACAGAAGGACCAGUGAAGAAGAACCAGUUAAUCUGACAAGACUAAUUAGUGAACACAAGGGAAUACUCUCUACUAAUUUUAACAAAAAAUUUGACGACCUGACUGUUAAUAUCAAUUCAUACAGGCCAACCUGCUUCUAUGACAAAACACCAAAUACAAAGGCAGACAUGCUUGCAAAACAGUUUCAUGAACAAGCUGUUAGGGAAUUGGAAGCCAGAAAAGUUGAAGAGAAGUCAAAGGAGAGUGUAGUUGUUAAUGAAAUGCCUGUCAGAGUCAACUGCUGUUGCCCAGUUGCUGAAAUCUAUCGGCCCGAUUACAUCAAUGAACAGCCCAUAACAUUCUGGUCUCAACAUUCAAAAAUUAUUCCAAGUGUUAGUGAUGUUAGGAAGACCUUUGAAACACCAUUCAGAAAGAAUGCAUCUUUCAGCACUCCAAUUGAAUAUAGCAUGGAGCCAAACAAUCAUAAACCAUAUGAACAUGACCACGUUCCUAAUUUGUAG